AUGGCCCUUUCCAGUCUCCGCAGAUUGCGUCAGUCACUGAGUGAACAGCUCAAUCCACUCGGCGGGAGGGCAUUUCGUGUGUUCUACAAGUUUGCCUUCUUCCUGAGCCGGGAGCAAGGGCAGAAGGGCGUGGACGUAGCAACAGCUGUUGAGGCAUGGAGGUUCGCCUUAGCAGGGGUCUUCCCUCUUGUGGAUUCCUGGUGCGACUUUGUGCCGCUGCAUCAGCGGUAUGCAGUAUCAGAAGACACGUGGCAGCAGGUGCUGGACUUCAGCUGCACGAUUGGCGCUGACCUCAGCAUGUAUGACUCGGAUGGGGCGUGGCCUGUGCUGAUCGAUGAAUUUGUGGAAUGCUACUCCAGGUCUGGUGAGAUUGCGCUGGACAGACAGUCAGCCCGCUGUCUCCAUGCACCCCCCUCGGUGCUCCUGCUCUCGCUCUCGUCCCAUGCAUUUCGCCAGCACACCAUGGGCAGCAACAGCAGCCUCAGCACACCCCCUGUGCAUCUCACCAACUCCCAUGGAAUGCCCUCAUCCCUUCUCCUGCCCUCUCCCUUGCUCGCCACUCCUCCCCCCCCUCCCCUUCCUCCCCACUUAUCCCCCUCCCCCCUCCUCCACAUCAGCUCAUUCAACGAGGCUCGUUGGUUAACCACCAAUGGCAGCGCCACCACAGCCACCCCUGCUCCCACCACGCUAGCAUUUAACCCUACCCCUGCCGUCUCCCUUCCUCACCCCUUCCCCCCCCCCCUUUCAUCUAUCUCCCUCCUUCUUCCUCCCCAGCAGCUCUUUCAACGAGGCCCGGUGGUUAACCACCAAUGGCGACCUGGCCCGAUUUCUCCCACGGGUGUUGACGCGUUUCAGACCCCCACUUACAGGCACGGGCCGUUUUCCCCCACUAGUGUCGAGCCAUUUCAGAGCCCAACACACAGGGCGGGGCGGUUCUCCCCUAGUAGAGGGAGGGCGGAGGAGGCAGGUGGAGCAGGCAGGGUGGGAGCAGCAAGGAGGGCGUUGGGGGCAGAGGUAGGGAGUGGGGUAGGGGGGGGGUUAGGGGCAGUAUUUGGAGCAGCAGGACGGGGCGUUAUAGGGGCAUGUGAGGUAGGCGGGGUAGGGGUUUUAGGGCGAGGAGGAGGGAGAGGAGGAGGAGGGAGUGAGAGGGUGAAGCGGUGUUGGCGGGACGUGAGGGAGGAAACAGAGCAGAGGGAGAGGAUUGAGUCGAUAUCACUCAAGAUGGCUGGGCUGAGUCCUCCCAAUGGGGACUGCAAGCGACAACGGGUGACUCAGUGGUGA